CAAUGAAAGCCUUCAGAAGUGAGAAUGAAUGUUUUCUCAUUGUUAAAAUUCUGGCAGCUGAGUUCUCACAAAGCCUGUGAUACCUGAACGACAGAUAAUGGGAUGAAGACUGGCGAUGUGGGAAAGGGAUCCACAAAGUUUCACAAAUCAUAUACCAUCUGUGGCUGCCCUUUUAAAGAAAUGGGAAGAAUUACCCAACGACCUCAGUUUUACAUCUGUCCUCCUUUAGGCCACCAGAUCCAAAGACCGUACUGUUCCUCACCCUAAACCGUCCCAGAAAAUAUUACACAAGUAAACCCAACACGUUGCAAAACCUGGCCCUACAAUCACGCUGCUCUCCCCUCCCCACUCCUCCGCACGCAUGUCUCCCUUCGCCCAAGCACCUCCUUUCUCCUUUCCGGAAGCUAGGAGGCCCCACCCACUUCCGCAACGCCGGGCUUUAGCCAAUGGCCUGCUUCCCAAGGAACGUUACCUCUGACCUCGGGGCUAAUCAGAGACAGUGGGACAAACUCCUCGCGAGAGGUGAGGUUGAAGCUGCCUCCGCCAUCUUGGAGAUGGGAGACGGGCGAUGGCUGUGGUUCUUCUGCUAAUGCAAACAACAAAACGGGCACAUUAGUCAACCCGAAAGAGGUUAUCAUCACUGUAUCUGGUGACCAAAGCUACACAAGAAGCGAGGGUGUCAAAGCCCAGCGCGGCGACACUGAUAGCUUCUCCUGCCUGCUGGAGAGGCAGAAGUGAAGUGACUGAAAACCGGAAGGAUGGUGCAGUCCUGUUCCGCCUACGGCUGCAAGAACCGAUAUGAUAAGGAUAAGCCCGUUUCUUUCCACAAGUUUCCUCUUACAAGACCCAGUCUUUGUAAAUGGGAGGCAGCUGUCAGAAGAAAAAACUUUAAACCCACCAAGUAUAGCAGUAUUUGUUCAGAACACUUUACUCCAGACUGCUUUAAGAGGGAGUGCAACAACAAGUUGCUGAAAGAGAAUGCAGUGCCCACGAUAUUUCUCUGUACUGAACCACAUGACAAGAAGGAAGAUCCUUCUGGAGCCACAAGAACGCUUCCCCCGCCUCCUUUAACACCUCCCAUUUCCACAGGUUGAUGCUGCAUUGGAUUACUAAUGCCUCCCCUUCAGACCCCUGAUAACUCUCAGUUUUCUGUGAACCACAACUAUACUGUGGAGGAUACAAUGCACCAGAGAAAAAGGAUUCAUCAGCUAGAACAACAAGUUGAAAAACUCCGAAAGAAGCUUAAGACCGCACAGCAGCGAUGCAGAAGACAAGAACGACAACUUGAAAAAUUAAAGGAGGUUGUUCACUUCCAGAAGGAGAAGGACGACAUAUCAGAGAGAGGUUAUGUGAUUCUACCAAAUGACUACUUUGAAUAGUUGAAGUGCCAGCAUAAAAAAAAUGAUAUUUGUAUUGGUUUUAAUGGGGGGAUUUAUGAGUUAAGCACAUUCCGUUCUAAGUUGAAGAACCCAGAGAUAAUUGCUGCCCAUUUAGUGAAGAGGAAAGCCUGGAGGGAAGUUACAGAAUUCCCAAAGGUCUGUGUAGGAAUCAUUCUGGCUGGAAGAGUGUGGCCCAUCAUGCCCUUCACCAGUAAGUGCUUGGCCUAUCGACCUUCACAGCACAGCCAGCAACAGCACCCCCGAAGAUGUGAUGUGGCUGCCGUCACCCACGCUUCCAGAGUUGGGAACUUGCCUGAUGUCAGCUUGUGA